AUGGAGCGCACGCGGAUCGCUCGACGCGUCGUGCGCGUCGCAGAGUGCGCGCCAGUGCACACGGCGCGCGCGAGCGUCAUCCGCACGACUGGACAGUCGUCCGUGACGACGCCGACGCGCGAGACGGCGAACAGACAGCUGUUUGCGGGGCUGGUGGAGGUGUUGUACGCACAGCAGGUCUGGGUGGCGGCGCGUGCGGACAUUUGGACGACCGGAGACCGCGGAUGGGCGGGCCAAGUACAUUGUGUGAGUGUGUAUCUGGACGAGUCAGCAACGGGUGGAGGCCGACUUAUUGACGGGGAAGUGGAUGCGACAGUGUCAGAAAAAGUGCUGACAGCUGUACGACAAAACGCUCACACACUGCAGUGGAAGCUGUCGAGCAAUUGGUCUGACGGCGCCGGGGCGUUGUCCCGUGACGAGCUGGCGAACGCGCUGGAGGACGUGGCGCAGGUGUUGGUGGACGCUUUCCACGCGGUGCAAGUGCAGACUUUUCACGCGUCGACGUCGCAACGAGCAAAGGUCGAGCACAAACUGUUGCAGCAGUGUGCGGACUUGGACGUCGUCGUGUUGAAGCAUUUGAGAACGGGUGGCCAUUGUGUGCGGUUUGCAGUGCCGUUGUUUGGCGAGAAUGCAGCAUGGACCUUGACAAGAACGUUGGUCGACGUUGAGGAUGUCGAGGCGGUGUAUCUCCCUGCAAGCUUUGCUGGUCCUAACUUUUGCACUGCGACGGAACAGUUGACGAUUUGUAUUGGAUACCCGCUGGACAAUGACGAGAAGACGGAGGUUGAUGACGGCUCGUGGCCCGUAGUUAUUGAAUGGCCUGCUCGAAUGCUGCUGUCAAGUCAGGUGACGCAACUUCCAGCGUCAAGCAGGACAGUGUCUUCCGUCGAGCUGAUUGAUUCAUGCAAAAAGAUGGUAUUGCAGCAAUGGAAGAGGCGGAAGGACUUUAUUGGAGACCUACGUCGUUAUGCUGUAGUGUUAGAAUACGACGCUGUUGACUUUUCGCAAGUGUUUUUCAUGCUGCAGGAGCAGUUGAAUGCGCAAGCUCCACUGCGGAUUAUCGUACUGCGUCUCGAGUUUACAGCAGCAUUCUUUUCGACGAACCGCAUGAGUGACUUGCGCGUGACUUUGCUCGAUGGUGAAGAUGGAAAAGCGCCCGUCGUCGUAGUACUCGCUGCGUCUGAUACCCCGAUCAGCCUUGACACUGCUGCGAAUUCCCAAGCAUGCGUUGCCCGAUUCCUUGAACACACGCACAAGAGUUUGCUUGAGCACUUGUACGGAGAGUGA